CAACAAAUUAUUAUAAAGUCAACAACGCAGUCAAAAUCAGACCACUGGAGCUGUCAGAUUUAGAAAUACUUACAAAAUACUUCUCCAGCAUCAUAAUAAAGAUUUAUACUAUUUUUUUCAAUGGAGUCAAUUUUUCGUAAAGUCAGAAAAAGCCCUCAGUCUCCUGGUGCGAAACACAGUAAACUUGGAGAAGGCUGGGAGGAGAACCGGGAGGCUGUGACUGAUGGCGUGGGGUUCUACCUCAAAUACCUCGGCUCCACCCUGCUAGACGAACUUCCUCUGGGGGAAAGCUAUGGGGAAGGCGUUAGCACCCGUGCUGUACAAAGAAUUGUCGACAUGGCAAAGUCCCAAAACAGGAAGCUAAUUAAAGUGUCAUUAAAGGUCACCCCUGCUGGCAUCAAGGUGGUCAGUAUGGAAGACAAAGACACACUGAUAGAUGUAUCUAUUUAUAGAAUCUCAUUUUGCACAGCUGACAAGAACCACGAUAAAGUGUUUGCAUUCAUUGCAAGGAACACAAUUAACGAGACUAUGGAAUGUCAUGCUUUCUACUGCGCGAAAAAUAAGAUCGCACAGGCCGUCACAUUGUCCGUGUCUCAGGCGUUCAACCUCGCCAAGGACAAGUGGGAGAAACAGAAGAACCAAAAUAAUACUCAAAACAAUAAGACCUCCAAAGAAGAGCAGAACAGUCGCCUGCAAGCUGCUAGUCAGUUCACCUUUGCUCCAGCCUUACCACCUCGUAAAAUCCAGUCCGCCCCCGUUAUAGACCUUAACUCUGAUACCCACCCUCGACUGCCAAAGCCUGAAAGUGCGGUCUGUUUCAGUAUUAAUAACCAAUCCGCUAGUCAAAGACAAGGAUGGCAAACGUUUGAUGAGUCAGAAACCUCCUUCAAACCAGUGUCAUUCAACCUUGAGGAGACAGAUGGAGAAAACCUUGAUGAUUGUUUCUCUCUAUUGGCGGAGGACCGGAGUCGGAAGACCUCGUUCCCGAGCCUUGCCACGAACCUGUCACAGUCAGACCUGAACGACAGCCUGCAGGAAUACAUGGACGGAGGAACCAAGUGCCUCGAGGCUUUCUCUAGAACCAAGUCAUGCGAGGAUUUAAUCAACAUUUGAUUAAAUAUAUAUAUAUCUAUGCUUAUCUUUGUGCUGAAACCUUCUUUUUGUUUCCAGUUAUAUGCAAGUGCUAUUUCACGCCCACCAACUAAAUAUUAUUGGGGAUUUAGCUUAAGAAUAAUAGAAGGGUGCUGCAACCUGUCUUUUUUGGUAGUUCCCUUCUGCCCUCAUGGAGACCAGCAUUGGCAGCCUUCUGCCUUUAUAGAAUUAAUGGCUUUAGGUAAUCCGAUAUUUCUUUUAUUUUGAUUAAACUUAUAAUUUGAUUAUAAGUACAUACUAACUUUACAUAUUUGGUAGUAUUCUUAACAUAUCUUUAAUUAAUGUUCAAAUUCUAUUCAGCCCAAUACAAUGUACCCUUUUGACAUUCUGCAGCACCCUGCCCUUUUUAAAACCCUUAAUAUAUCAUGCUAAAACUGACUGACAUUUCUUUGUCUUUAGCAGUUUCUCUCAGAAUAUUCUUGAACGGUUGUUUUUCGUAAGUUGUCAAGUACUAUUUAUUUAUUUUUAACAAUGAUAUACUUUGAGAAUGGAAGGUAUUCAACAUUUACAAAACUUGUAGUAUGCCUUACCGAUAAAGAUUAAAUGUUUUUUUAUGUUUGAACCAUCACACUGUUCUUGAUCCAUUGUUUGUGAUAACCUUUACUGCUAAACAUUAAACAUUUAUUUUAAACCAAUUUCAUUAAAUUUAUGAUAUGUUACAUCGUCUGUGAAAAUGAGGUAUUCACAUUCAUAACAAAAAACAUUUUUUAACCAAGAGAGACGAUUACAAAACAAACAAUAAGUUAAAUCAUAUGGAAGAAUCUUUUCCAAAAUAUGUCAAAAUAGAUAUGAUUUCCUGCUUAUGAAGAAGCAUAUAACCUCGCAAAAAUGAAAAUGUCACUGUUUCCUCCCACGUGGCUUAUUUUUGCUGACGCUGUCACAGUUAUAUAAAAAAAAUGGAAUCCCAGAACCUCUCAAAACUGUACUUUACAAGACAAAUGCAUUUUACAUACAACUAGCUGUACUGUAUGCCUUGUUUCAUGGCUUGAUGAAUACCUUGACGUAUUUAUGAUAUUUUUCACUAUGUCCAAUGUUGUGAAUUUACACCUUCCUCAUUCAUGUUUCGCCAUCAUUUUAUUAUGCAUUCUCUUAAAACUGUAUACAAUAUAGGUUUAAUUUUUUUAUUGAUUAUAUGCUUUUGUUACCAAACUGAUUCAUAGAAAUUUCAAUAAGAUUAUAAUAUAAUAUGAUGUUCAAAUAGUCAUUGGUAAAACCAAAAACGUAAUCAAUUUCAGGUAUAGGAGAUUUUUUUUGAAAAGUCUAGAAAUGUGCAAAUAUUGGUAAUUUAUUGAAUUAAUGACUAAUUAAACCAGUAAAAAUUACUUUUUCUUGUAAUUAAACAUGCAUGUUUAUGUUUUUGAAAGAAAUGACAACUAGGAAAGGAGAUCCUUUACAUUAUAAUUUAUAUUAUAGUAUUAUAUAGCAAUAUCUCACACCGAUAGUCAUCUGUUCUUUAUCUCAAUUAUGUUUAUAAAGUUAUCACCUUAUUCUAUUGAAAUGUCAUAGUGGUUUAUACCAUAUAUACUUAUAAUAUGUGUAAGUUUUUUUGAUGAAAAAUAGGUGCAACUUGUACAAUUUUUCACUGGUGUGAUAUUUAAGUUACACUGUACAUGUUACUGUCAUGUAUUUAAAUGAUGAAUCUGUACACUGUACAUGUAUUUAAAUGAUGAAUCUGUACACUGUACAUGUAUUUAAAUGAUGAAUCUGUACACUGUACCUGUAUUUAAAUGAUGAAUCUCAGCUUGUGUGAACAUACAGACUGAUAUGAAUCUGCACAUACUAUUGGCAAUACCUAUUAAAAACUACUUAGUUUCACCUUACCCGGCCCAAUUUUGAGGGGUGGGUAGAUAGAUAGGAUUUUUGUUUUGUUUUUCAUUUCCUAAACCUUAAUUCUGUAUUAAAGGGACUCCCUCAUGUUUUAAAGGGACUAGCUCAUAUUUUUUUCAAAAUGCACCAUUUUUAUUUUUGUAUGACAGAAUAUAAUGUGGCAAAUCAUUAGGAGUGUUAAAACUAAGGUACUGACAGUUGGUACCCUUCAACAAAUAUUGAUAUAUGCUCAAAUAUUGUCUAUGAAGUCCACGAUUUUGUAAAAUGUUAGUAACACAAUUCACCAAAAGGGUUAAAGGUUAAAUUAUCCUUCUGUUUGUAUAUAAGUCCUUGUGGGCUUUUUUGUCAGUUUUCUAAUUUUUCCUUGACUGUGUGUCUGAGUGGUUCGCACUACACUAAAACCAGAAUAUUUUUUUAUACCCUUUGUAUAUAGUGUAUUUUUUACUGCAAUUUGGUAUCCAGGAUAAUACAAGUGUUUUCAGAUGCAUUACUUGGGCAAAAUUCGGAGUGACAAACAUGAGCAAGUCCCUUAUAAAAUAGGACCACCGAAGAGGAAUUAAACUUCGGGUUAUUGGUAUUAUUGAGAGUCAGUAAGUAAGGUCAAACAAAUUAUUAAUUAAUUGUGGCCUUUGGGUAAGAUUAUGUUUUAUUAUGUGAAUUGAAUAUGUGAUACAUUUAGUAUGUAAGGCAGGUGAUUACUGAAGUUGUACACUGCGUGGCUAAAGCUCAAUAUUUAAAUUUACUGCAGUUUUUGGGGCAUUUGUGUUAUGUACAUACUAGUUUUACAUAAAUUAUGUUAAUUUCAAGCUCUUACGUAAUCACUGCUAAUGCAGCUUACUGAAAGUGCAUGGUGUAUUCAGUCAGCUAAUCUGUAUUGUAAUAUAAUUAUGUUUAAUCAUGUCAACCGAUCUGUUACCCUGUAAUCAUAGUUUACGUUCAACAUUCUUGAGAAGUUAUUAUUGUCCCUUUGCGAUUGUUGCAUGCCUUGUUUGUCAAAGUCUUAGUCACAUGUUAUCUUAUAUUCAGGAUAUUGUAUACAGUACCAGUAUGUUGGUUUUAUAAUACAGAAAAGCUCAGACUGUUACCCGAUUAACUGCAAAUCAGAAUGUCAUAUGUUGAGUCUUACCAAAGACACACACUUUUGACAGUAUUUCAAAAACUAACAAUCAUAAAUGAAACUUUUGUCAGCCAAUUAUUGCCAUGGGACUCGUGUAUUGGUAACAAAAUAUGUAUCCGGGUGUUGACUAUGUUCCUUUAGAAAUUAUGUAAUUAGAAUCUGAAAACAACUGACAGCUCAAUGUGUUUGAAGUGGUGCUAUAUUUUCGGUAAACUUGCCUGCAAUAUUAAAACUCGCCACAGUGCUCUAGUUAUAGUUAUUAAGAGAUGAUAGACCUUAAUUUUAGAUAUGAUAGCCCUGAAGGAGUUUGACCCACAACCAUGUGAAUUUCAGAGGCCUGGAUGCCCAAUAUUAUUUCGUAUCAUUUGAAGAGGUUUGGUUUUGCAGGAAAUGAAAAUGUACAACAUUUACUGAAAUUAAUAUAAGAUUUUUUUGAAAAUUGGCCAUUUUACGUCCGACUCGUGUUAAAUAAAAAGCAAAUAUACAAACUGUAAUAAACCCUAUGUAUGAUGUACAUUUUUUCAUUUAAUUACAAAGUAGUAAUUGUCAAGCAAUGCCUUUUAAAUGAUACCAAAAUCAAAGUUUAACAUUAUGGAAAUAUCACAUAACUAUAUUCUUUGUGGGUCAGAUACCUUAAAUUGGAAAGGAUUGUUUUUGUCUUUUGGCUUUCAAACCUCUGCCCAGGCAAAUACUACACCAACUCUAGUUCUGAGUACCAGUACUAGUAUUUUAAAUUCAGUUAAAACCUGCUGGCUUGAUAUUGCUUGGCUCUAUUUCCUUGUUGACUCCAACUUCAUGUUAAUGACCAAUUCUUUAAACUCUAUGCAAGCAUUCCCCCUUUGCUUGAUAAUAGCAAGGCUCAAAGUAUUAUGGCCGGUCCCUGGGAUAUAUGAAGCCAACAGAUUUGGACUGUACAUGUAUGUGGCAUUAUCCCAUCUUAGCAGUCUGUCCGUUCAUUUUGGUAUUUGACCUCAGAUUGCUGGGAGUUAAUGGCGUAACAUUACCUCUUUGAGUGAUAUGUGAACCAGGGCAGUAUUCAUAAAACAUCUCAAGUCUUUUCUUAACUUAAGACAAUUUCUUAAAAUUUUCAAAUAUAAAUGUUAAGAAAAAUAUAAGUGUUUUUAAAAUAUAACCAUGUAUUUUCAAUAAAGGCAAUGACAAUAAAGGAAUUCAGAAAUUAUUCAGCCACUAUAUCGUAUGAUUAGAGAGAUACUAAAUGACUUAACACAUAAUGCAUGCUGGGUUAAUUGUCGUCUGCUCAAAAAUGUUGUCUGGUUUAUUCUAAAUUUCUUUCAAUUUACUUAAAACUUUGGGGAUAUAUUGACUGAGUGGCAAACAGCUUGGAACCUGAUCAGGCGCCGAGUUACUCUUACUCGGUGUCUGGUCUGGUUCCAAGCUGUUUGCAAAGCCUUUAAAAUCGCCAUCAGCAGCCUAAGGGUUAAGAUGUUUUAUGAAUUUGACCCCAGUGCUUUAAAUGUUCUUCCUUUGUGGGUUCAUGUACAUGUUGAAGAUAAGUUGAAUUGUGGCAUCUAAUGUACUUGUAAUGUGAAUUUUGGAUACCUGUUGACCCCAUAUUAGUGAGGUAUCAUUUGAAAAGUAUUUAUGUAGCGAGAAGGAUUAAUAAUUGCACCAAAACAAUUUUACAAACUAGCGUUUUUUUGGCCUUGAAAGAUUAAACAAUAUUAUGCAUCAGCUUUUUGGCCUUGAAUGAUAGCAAAAUAGGUCAUUUUAAAUCCAUUUUAGCCCAGGAAUAUAAGAAAAAUAAAAACUGUGAUUCAUGUUUAAGUACUACUUAGGGGUGAAAGAGAGAGUGGUUAAGGUGUCCACAUCUCACCCAAGAGGUUGUGGGUUUGAAAAGUUAAUUUUACAACCAAUAUUAACCGAAGAAUAUAACAAAGAUAUAAACUGUGAUUUAAGUUUUAGUACUUAAAGGGGAGAGUGUUACAGGGGUCCACCUCUAACCCAUGAGGUUUUGGGUUUGAACGCCACCAUUGCCAAUCUCAUUGCCUCUCAAAUAAAACACAGUAUUGGUUUAUACAAAGGAGACAGAUUCGAGAGUGAUUCAUAUCAGCUUUCAAAAUGGAGCUAAAAUAAAUUAGCCUGAACUAUAAACUAAACUAUCUACCUACCUGGUCCGUAGACUGUUUUCAUGCACUAGAGUCUAUAGCUGUCGAGAUAGCACUUGUCACCAUGGAAACAGUUUGAGGGUUUGGUACACAUAUAUUCAGUCAUUUAUUUGGCAUAGUAAUAGUUAGUCUGAAAGCAAUACCUUUCAAAUGAUACCCAAACUCUAUAGGGCCAUUGUGCAUUGCUUUAUUUUACAGUAUCACCACUGGCGCGAUAUAAUGAAAAGCUCAUGUAUACACCGCCUACCUUAAGUGUUCUUUGAAUUAUAAAAUGGUUUAUUUUGCUCUUUUUUUUAUAGUUUUUCAUAUGAAGUUUAAUUACGUUGUUAAGUAUUUCACAAGUUGUAUGUGAAACCAUUUUUAUGUAGCUUUGAAUAAAAUGUGAUUUUAUA